CGUCAACGGAGUACAGUGCCGUUUCUCGUAGUUCACCGCUGUGGUUUGUGUUCCUUGUGUUGUGGCUUUCCCGUCGAAAAUAAUGAAUUCUCUCGUAGCGGUCAGCAUAUUGUGCUUCGCAAUCCUUUCAGUGGGUCAAGCACAGCAGUACGAUCAAGACUAUUACGGUCCACCCCAGCCCUACAACUUCGGCUACGACGUUGCGGACGAGUAUGGCAACAAGCACAAUCACCAGGAGUCGAGCGACGCCAGCGGAGUCAGGCGGGGAUCGUACGGCUACACAACUGCUGAGGGCUACUUCAGGAUCGUCGAUUACGUUGCCGACCAGAAUGGCUUCCGUGCAACCGUGAGAACGAACGAGCCAGGGACGGCAAGCGGAGGCUCGGCUGAUGUUACCGUGGAAUCAUCAGCGCCACCCGUCUACGGCGGAGCUCCAGGAGCAUUCAGGGGAUAAGACGAACGGCGAUGUUUUCUAUUUAAAUGCUUUUAUGGUUACGUAUAUGACGCUUAAUAAACUGAUAUGUGUUAUAUUUUA